AUGGAAUGUCGUAAUAACACUUCAUCACCAAUAAAUCGUAUUCGUUAUUAUUAUGAAGAUGGAAGAGGGAAUAAGGUAUGGGUUCAAAAUCUUACGCUAGACUAUGAUGUGCAACACUCAGAUAAUGGUUUCCAUAGUAGUUUUGUACGGAGAUGCAAUUACAAGGAUCCGUUCAGCAUGUCUCACCAACGCAUCAAAAGUGGUUUAGAACAUCGGACCAAGUUACCUCUUCAUAACAGAAAUUACUUGAAUAGUAAUAAGGUUAUACGGAAAGAACGGCAAAUACAUAAUGAUAUUUCAGGUUCUCCCAGUCGUGCUGUAACACUAGCAACACGAUGCACAUGCGCUUGUCCUAUACAUUCUGGGUUGGGGAACUUAAAUGUCAAAGAUUCUCGAGAGUCAUCUGCGAAUCUAGAAUGGACCUUUCUCCCAAACGAGUUGCUUGAGGGACUGAUUCAAUCUGUUGAGGAUGCGGAGUUUAUCCUUAAAAAACUUCGAAACGAGGAGGGCAUUUUGCGCAGCUCACAAAUGUAUUAA